GUAUUGACGUUUGACGUUCGGCCAUUGUGCUGAGAACUGUGGUGAGUGGAGAGAACGCACGCGGUAAGAUUUAUAGCAGCGUUAAGUUUAUGGUGGAUUUUUUUAUUAUAUAUUUAGUAAUUUAUUGAAACUAGUGCACAAGAUGUCAAAUAAUACGGCUCCUGAUAGUUGGGAAUCUCAAGCCGAUACUUCAUCGACAAAUAAUUCGCCACAACAUACUGCAGAUGUGACAGCACACUUUUCCACGUUGAAUGUAAAUGCUGUCGAAUUUGUGCCUUCAUUUUCAUUUGGAAAAGCUCCAGAAGUAGUUGAUAAAUCAUCCCCGACAAAUUCCCAAGAAUCCAAUAGUUCACCGCAGCAUAAUCCUCUUUUAAAUGGUAAUGACCCUGAUGCAUCUGCAGAACGUGUGGAAGUAAAAGAACCUCCACCUAUUCCUCCUGCAGAUGGAGAUGCGUCGCCCGAAGGCGAAGGAGGCACUUGGGAAGAUGUGGCAGAUGAAGAUAGUACUUCUGCUUCUGCACCUCCGGCUACUACACCCGAAGGUGAUGAAGACGAAGAGCCAUCUUCAGAGGAAGCUCCUAUAAAAAUUAAGAAAAAGAAUACUGUUAAGGAGAAACCGGAAGAAGAUAAAAAGGAACAUGUGAAUGUAGUUUUUAUUGGACACGUCGAUGCUGGUAAAAGUACUAUUGGAGGUCAGAUUAUGGCUUUGACGGGAAUGGUAGAUAAAAGAACAUUAGAAAAAUACGAAAGAGAAGCAAGAGAGAAAAGCAGAGAAAGUUGGUACUUGAGCUGGGCUUUAGAUACCAAUCAAGAAGAACGAGACAAGGGUAAAACAGUAGAAGUAGGUCGUGCCUUUUUUGAAACAGACAAAAAACAUUUCACCAUUUUGGAUGCUCCAGGACACAAAAGUUUUGUACCAAACAUGAUUGGUGGUGCUGCUCAAGCCGAUCUGGCUGUACUUGUCAUUUCUGCUAGAAAAGGAGAAUUCGAAACAGGGUUUGAUCGAGGUGGUCAAACAAGAGAACAUGCCAUGUUAGCUAAAACUGCUGGAGUUAAGUACCUUGUAGUACUAGUCAAUAAAAUGGACGAUCCUACCGUAAAUUGGGAUGAAGCAAGAUACAACGAGUGCAAAGAUAAAAUACUCCCCUACCUAAAAAAAUUAGGUUUUAUAUUGAACAAAGAUUUAUUUUUCUUACCAUGUUCUGGUCAAACAGGCCAAGGUUUAAAGGAUCGAGUAGACGAAUCAAUUUGUAAUUGGUAUAGAGGCGAGGCAUUUAUACCAUUCAUAGAUAAAUUACCAUCUCUUAGUAGAAAAGCAGAUGGACCUUUUAUAAUGCCGAUUGUUGAUAAAUAUAAAGAUAUGGGUACCGUUUUAAUGGGUAAAGUUGAAUCUGGAGAAUGUAAGAAAGGCCAGACGAUGCUUAUAAUGCCAAAUAGGACACCUGUAACGGUAGAUAUGUUACUUUCUGAUGAUGAUGAAGUAAGUCGAGUAGUUCCUGGAGAGAAUGUUAAAGUCAAAGUUAAAGGCAUAGAAGAAGAAGACGUUAGUCCAGGAUUUGUUCUUUGCGAUUCCGUCAAUCCUAUUCAUACUGGACGAAUCUUCGAUGCUCAAUUGGUUAUUUUAGAACAUAGAUCCAUUAUUUGCGCUGGUUACAGUGCAGUUAUGCAUAUUCACUGUGCAGCCGAAGAGGUCACCGUUAAAGCCUUAAUAUGUUUGGUAGAUAAAAAAACUGGUGAAAAAAGUAAAACUCGUCCAAGGUUCGUAAAACAAGAUCAAGUAGCAAUAAUGAGAAUUGAAUGUGCAGGAGUUAUUUGCUUAGAACCGUUUAAGUUUAUGCCCCAGAUGGGAAGAUUUACACUGCGAGAUGAAAAUAGGACAAUUGCCAUUGGAAAGGUCCUGAAACUUGUGGAAUAAGGCGACUCGUAUUGCGGAAAACAGACUGUCGUAGACCUAAAAAAUUGAUAUUUCAUCUAUUGAAACACGAACUGAAAACGAUUAAUGGACAUUUUUUAUCUGUAUACAUAAAAAACAACAUUUUCAGUGAACGCCACACAUCAAGUUCUGUCGAGCAAAAAAGUGUUGUCGAGGAUCUAUUUUUCUUUUGUUUUUUAAUUUUUUCAUUGCAUUUUUUAAACUGUUCUGUUGAGGUGCUGCUUGAUUUUGACAAGUUGUAACUAAUCAUUAAUAUAUCCUGGUAUUUUGGUUCUUAUUAUAAUUUUUAUUGUGUAUAUAAUAUAAUUACGUAUUUUUUUUGGUUUUUUUCAUUUUAAUUGUUGGGAGUAAAUUGUAACAUUUCCGUUUAAAAACAUAAAAGUUAAAAACACAGAAAACAUUUCUGUUUAUAAAUUUUUCUUGUUGGGCAGCAUCACUUAUAUAUAAUCAAGGAAUUUUUAAUUAUAAGCCAUCUAAUUUGAAAAAUUAUGAGUGGUUUAAUUUUUUAAUGAAGCUCAAUGUACUCGUAUAUUUUUUAUAAUACAGUUUUUCCAACGUCGAAUAAUUAUAGUUCCUGGUUUAAACUUAUCACUAUCUGUUUAUGAAAUUUUUCGAGGCCUCAUGGCUGAAUCUCUUCACAUUAAUGAAAGUACCUCAUUAUCGGGCAAUUUUCAGUUCGGUUCCGCAAAAAUUACAGGAAAACUUCUAGAUUGACGUGCAUCAUGUACAAGCUACAUUGGAGAAGAACGUCCCGAAACGAAGACACAUUUCAGUUCGUUUGCUUUAAUUUGACAGUAAAACUUCUGAAGAUGACGUCUAGGUUAUGGCACAUUAGGUACACUGUUACUGAUGCUGGGUGUGAAAUCAGCGACACAAACCCAGGUAGUAUAUUUCUGAUGAAUACAGAUUAGUAAUGAACUUUGGAGGUCAUAUUCGGGAUCAGCAAGACACUGGGAACUUAUUUGAGUUCACUACAGAUGUUUAACCGAUUUAUGAAUUUUUUCCAAAGUAUCUUGAGAAGAUGCGUUUUAUAUUGCAUAAAUGCAAUUUGGUCAGAAAUUUGGAAUUAUGGGAGAUUUAGACUAUUGUGCUUUAUUUCCUCGCUUAAAUGUAAAUAGGAAUAUUGCUACAGUUGAAAGUGUGGUGAUAUCCUUCAAUCCUAAAAAAAAAGAUCUGCAUUGUUGUAUAUUUAGUAACAAUUAAUUAGUGAAAUUUUACAUAUCGGCUGUAUAUAACUAAUUUGUUUGUUUGCAGUUUAUGACAAAUUGACAAGAAAAAUUUAUAGAGAGUAUCCAGUAAGAUGCAAAAUUAUCUUUGAUAUAGCAGUUAUAUAACCACACUGCAGCUCAAGUUGAAAAACCUUUUUUUGAAUUGCUCAUAAGUUGUGUUUUGUGAGGAUAAUAAUGAAAUGCCCAUUUGAAAAUUUUAAGCAUAAAUAAUUCAAGAAGCUUAGGUAUAUAGAAAAUUUUUCAAGUUUGUCAGUUGAAGCAAUUAUUUUGUUAUAUUGACGGAACCCCGGAUCCUUGAAGGUAAUGCCGCGCUGCAGGAUGCUAGAUGGUUGCAUGGAGGUUAGAUGGUAAAUGCAUCUUGGACGCGGGAAAUGAAGCCAGUAUCCAACUUCUUUCAAAAGUUGCGAGAAAAAUUCUUCAUCUUCGGGAAUUUUGCUGAGACAAAAAACCGUCGGUACAUACUGACAAUUUAAAGCGGUAAAGGGACGGAGAAUUCUUGAGAGUAUACAUCGUUAACGGAUCUGCCGGGUCUCAAAUGGCUCUUCUUUUUAUAACUGAACUAGUAAUGCUUUCUUCCAUUUGCGCUAGGUUACCAAGAUGGAAUAUAAAACACGACUGAUAUGGGUAGAUAGGCGCCAGGCGGCUCCCUGGGGUGGUUUCAGGGAGUUACAAUGUUAGUGGGGGGCCACUGCUGCUACCGUCGUUCUGUUAAUUACGUUUAUAAAUAGCUGAAUUGUAGUCAGGCAGGUAUCCAUCCUACCAAUCUUCCUACAGUGCAGCCUCUGGUGGCAGUUAUCAUCUUCAGAGACUGAUCGAUAUCAGUAACGAUAAAUUGGUUAUUGAAACAUUAUGGAUACAAAAGAGAUUCUUUGAUUCCCAACGAUUUAGAAUAGCUAACUCCUCUCCACGCUUGGUUCAUUAUAUAAUUUCUGAUUUUUGUUAUUUACGAGUUCGUUAAUGUUUCACUCCAGUAUGACACAUUGGUCAGAAAAUUGUUUUGUAAAUUUUUAUUUUCCUUAUGCUCUAUUCUACCGGAAAGUGCGAAGAAGACGAGGCGGUUUAGAAUGGUUUUUUUCACGAUUCUGGAGGAUUUUUGGCUUCGACAUAUCAGGUUCAAAUGACAUACACCAAAUCGAGAUAUGUGGGUGAUUUGCACUUAUGCAAAAAUACGAGUGAUUUUUUUCAUUUUUGGAAUCUUUCAUGCAAAUUUGGAUGAAUUUGAUAUCGAAACAUUUGCAACUGUCCAGUCCCAGUAGAUAUUUUAAACUGGUAUACACUUUCUUCUAGUUUUUGACUUAUAUUUGGUUUUUGUUACUUCUAGUGUAAAUACAAGGUACUCCAAAGCAGAUGAUAUUUUUCAAUGCCCCAACUGAUUAUUGUGUACAGUAACGUUUUUGAGAUUUCUUUCAGUUUAGUUUUUGUAAACUGCAUUGUCUGAAGUACGUUUAGUAUAAUUGGCAUAUUUAAAACUAUAUAACUUAUUGCAAUUUAAAAAUAAAGUUUUCUAAUUUUGACUGAAAUUUAUAUGGAUAUGGAUUUUAUGGUUUCUAUUUUAAAAAUUCUAUUAUUGUUCAAUUUUUUACGAAAGGUGCUUGAAGAUGUAAAUUUUUAGAUGAGAUUGAAUAGUAUUGUAAUUUUUUAUAGGACUUUCUAUUGGAAAUCUAAAAGAUAUUAUGAAAAAAUCAUUUUUCAUGUAAUCAGUAAACUACAAUUUUUCAUUGUAAAUACUAUUAUUUAUGAUUUUCCAUCAGUACUUUUUUUGAGAAAAUGAAAUUUUUCAAAUUUAUUCCUUCUCACCUAAAAGUUUUUAACGUAUUUGUAUUGUGUGGAUAUUGCAUAAAACUUUUAAAAUGCCUUUUAAGCCAAUAUUUAAAAAAGGAAUUAAUACAAGUUGCUUUUUUGACAAUUUCUGUGUAAAUAUUGAAGAGUUUAUUAAGUUACAAUGUUGUAACGAAAACCUAAAAAAGAAAUUAUAUAGUUAGCCUUCUUUUUUGUUCAAGUUUCCUUUUUAGUCUUUUUAUUACUAUAAUUAAGCAAGGAAAUGUUGCUAUCAAUUUUAUAUAUUCAAUAAAAUGUCAAAUUGUAAA